GUUUUGUUUGGUUCGAAAACAUUUUUAACAUAAAAGACAAGGGAAUGAGAAAAGGAAGAAGAAGUGGUGAUUAUUAUUAUUAUUUAUAUAAAGCAGAAAGCGAUUUUCAUCUGGUUUUCCCCUAAAUGAUUUUCAAAAUUUGAAAACCAAACGUUCCCGAUUUUCAUCACUUACGUCCUCCACCACCACCACCGCCGCUGCAGCUGCAUCUGCAUCGGGGAAUUUAAAUAUCCCUUUUUGAUUUGUCACGCGUGGAAGCCCCAUUUGAAUCUGCCGAAAUGUCGCUGCUAAGUAGGUUCUUUUACAAGAGACCACCAGAUGGGUUGCUUGAGUUUGCUGAUAGAGUUUAUGUUUUUGAUUCUUGUUUUUGCACGGAAGUUGUGGCGGAUGACUUGUACCAAAUCUUUCUCCACGAAGUCAUCAACGACUUACACGAAGACUUCCCCGACUCCUCUUUCCUCGCAUUCAAUUUCCGAGAAGGAGAGAAAAGAAGCGUCUUUGCUGAGACCCUCUGUGAAUACGAUGUCACCGUCCUCGAGUACCCCAGGCAAUACGAAGGCUGCCCUUUGCUCCCUUUAUCACUUAUCCAGCAUUUUCUCCGUGUCUGUGACAACUGGCUUUCUCGUCAGGAUGUUAUUCUUCUUCACUGCGAAAGGGGAGGCUGGCCGCUUCUCGCUUUUGUCCUUGCCACCUUUCUUAUUUUCAGGAAAGUUCACAGUGGCGAGCGCAGGACUCUUGAGAUCGUGCAUCGUGAGGCUCCCAAGGGUCUUUUGCAGCUUCUCUCCCCCUUGAAUCCCUUCCCUUCUCAGCUUCGUUAUCUUCAGUAUGUUGCCAGGAGGAACAUCACUCCUGACUGGCCGCCUCCUGAGCGAUCUCUUUCUUUGGAUUGUCUCAUUAUUCGAGCUAUUCCCAACUUCGACUCCCAACUUGGAUGCAGACCCAUUAUACGUAUCUUUGGAAGAAAUUACAGUAGCACAUCUGGUCUUUCCACGGAGAUGCUCUAUUCUAUGUCUAAUAAGAAAAAACCCCUUCGUCAUUACCGACAGGCAGAAUGUGACGUGAUCAAAAUUGACAUCCAGUGCUGGGUCCAAGGAGAUGUUGUGCUGGAGUGUGUGCAUAUGGAUUUAGAACCAGAACGAGAGGUUAUGAUGUUUCGUGUGAUGUUCAAUACUGCAUUCAUCAGGUCCAACAUACUAAUGUUGAACUCCGACAACUUGGAUAUUCUUUGGGAGGCCAAGGAUCAUUAUCCAAAAGGGUUUCGUGCAGAGGUUUUGUUUGGAGAAGUUGAGAAUGCUUUGCCUCAGAAAGUUCCAACGCCAAUAGUAAAUGGUGAUGAGACUGGUGGCUUGCCCAUUGAAGCCUUUUCUAAAGUUCAAGAACUUUUUAGUGGUGUGGAUUUGGCUGAAAAUGGAGACGAUGCUGCUUUGUGGUUGCUGAAACAACUUGCUGCAAUAAAUGAUGCAAAGGAGUUCACAAGAUUUCGGCACAGAGGGGGUUUUUAUAUGAAUUCUCCUGACUCUGAAGAGGAGACCAACACAUCUAGUGCCGCUGAUAGUUCAGAUGAAGGCUUUGAUGCCAUCCAUAGACCUCGCAUUUCUCUAUCUUUUGAUAAUGAUGACCCCGAAGGCAUUCCUAUAUCUUUUGCUCCUGAAUCUGCAGAGGAGCCUCAUGAAUUCUCUCGUGGACAACAGCAAGAAGAUCAAUCGAAAGACAGUGUCCAGCUUUCGGCUCUUCCGUCUUCUGCCACACUUUUACCUCCUCCACCACCACCACCACCUCCUCCCUCUCCUUUUACUGUAAAUAAAGUUACAAGCAUAGACUCGUUGUCAUCCCAACCCCAACCCCCACCUCCGCCGCCACCUCUCCCUAGUUUCAGCAGUAGAGAUCAUCCGACAACAUCACACCAGCCUAUCAACAAAACCCCACCACCACCUCCUCCUCCUCCACCUUUCUCUAGAAGCAUUUCUCCAUCUUCAGCUCCACCUCCUCCACCACCACCACCCCCGCCGCCUUCAUUUGGGAGCACAGUAAAUAAACUUCAGGCGCAACCACCUCCUCCUCCUCCACCUUUCUCUAAAAGCAAUUCUCCAUCUUCAGCUCCACCACCACCCCCGCCACCUCCGUUUGGGAACACAGGAAAUAAAGUUCAGGCGAAGCCACCUCCACCACCACCUCCUCCUCCAAUCCAAGCAUCCUCGACUAAAUGUGUACCGUCACCACCCCCACCGCCACCGCCACCGCCACCUCAUUCGGGUCUUGCUCGUGCUGGCCCACCUUCGGCACCCCCACCACCUCCACCUCCGCUUCCUAAGGAAAAUAUUUCAAAUGCCCCCAUGCCACCUCCUCCACCUCCACUUCCUCCUUCAUCUGCAAAGUUGGGUGCUCCCCCUCCGCCUCCUCCACCACCACGUCCUCCUUUAUCCGGAAAGUUGGGUGCUCCGCCUCCUCCACCACCACGUCCUCCUUCAUCCGGAAAGUUGGGUGCUCCCCCUCCGCCUCCACCACCACCACUAUCCAAGACCCCUGCUCCCCCUCCGCCACCUCUAUCCAAGACCUCUGCUCCUCCUCCUCCGCCAGCUUUGGGUCGUGGCACAAGUAGUGGCCCACCACCACUGGGAGCAAAAGGUUCAAAUGCACCGCCGCCACCUCCUGCUGCAGGAAGGGGCAGAGCUUCCUCGGGACUUGGAAGAGGCCGAGGUGUGAGUGUGCCUACUGUUGCACCUAAGAAAACCGUGCUAAAGCCUUUGCACUGGUCUAAAGUUACUCGGCCAGCAAAAGGUAGUUUGUGGGCUGAUGAUACUCAACAACAGGAAAACCAACCUCGUGCCCCUGAAAUAGAUAUAUCAGAGCUCGAGAGUCUGUUUUCUGCAGUUUCAGAUACCGCUGCUAAGAAAAGCACAGGUCGCAGGGGUUCGAGUAUCAGCAAACCUGAGAAAGUUCAACUGGUUGACCUUCGAAGAGCAAAUAACUGUGAAAUAAUGCUUACGAAAAUUAAGAUUCCUCUGCCAGAUAUGCUUAGCGCAGUUCUAGCCUUAGAUUCGUCAGUUCUGGACAUCGACCAGGUUGAAAAUCUCAUCAAAUUUUGUCCGACGAAGGAAGAAAUGGAAUUGUUGAGGAAUUAUACCGGUGACAAAGAAAUGCUUGGAAAGUGUGAACAGUUUUUCAUGGAACUAAUGAGGGUUCCACGUAUAGAAGCAAAGUUACGAGUGUUUGGCUUUAAAAUUACCUUUGCUUCUCAGGCGGAAGACUUAAAAAGCUGCCUUAAUACAAUAAACUUUGCUACUAAAGAGGUGAAGGAGUCUGCAAAGUUGCGUCAGAUUAUGCAAACAAUUUUAACACUAGGAAAUGCUCUGAAUCAGGGAACUGCAAGAGGGUCUGCUGUGGGUUUCAAACUGGAUAGUCUUCUUAAAUUAUCUGAUACUCGUGCAAGAAAUAACAAAAUGACUUUGAUGCAUUACUUAUGCAAGCUUGUUGGUGAAAAAAUGCCAGAGUUGCUGGAUUUUCCCAGUGACCUUGCUCACUUGGAAGCUGCAUCGAAGAUUGAUUUCAAAACGUUGGCUGAAGAAAUGCAGGCGGCGACUAAAGGCCUUGAAAAGGUUGAUCACGAACUCAUGGCUUCAGGAAACGAUGGUGCAAUAUCUCUGGGCUUCCGAAAGGUUUUGAAGGAGUUUCUUACUACCGCUGAAGCAGAAGUGAGGGUGCUUGCUUCCUUAUAUACAGAAUCAGGAAGAAAUGCAGAUUCCUUGUGCCACUACUUUGGUGAGGAUCCAAAUAGAUGUCCUUUCGAACAAGUGACCAAGAUUCUGACUCUUUUCAUGAAAACUUUCAUCAAAUCACGAGAGGAGAAUGAGAAACAAGCGGAGGCUGACAAGAAGAAGCUGGAGAAAGAUACAAUGAAGGAGAAGCCAAUGGUAAAGAAAGACGGUGCUAAUCCAUAGACAUAGAUCGUGAACAGAGGUCGGUCUUUAACGAAAGACCCGAGUGUUUCAGGUCGAUGAAAGCAGAGAUCUUUCGUAGAUCGUAGAAAAAGUAGACAGCUUCUAUGAUGUUUAUAUGGAAGUGUAAACUCUCUUUGAUCAUCACUUCAUUGAUGUAAAAUCAGAGGUUCUUGUCAAUGUUGUAAAAGAUAUUUGAACUUUUAUAGAACCCACUCAAAGUUAUUAUCUUUAACUGUGCAGAUAAAAACAAUUUCUGUACAGAGUAAUAAAUCUUUACAUUUUA